AUGCCAACACCUGGAAUAGGCCCGCCAAGUGGACCGAGUACAGGACCGCCUAGUCAGCAGGUGGUUAUUCAGCAGAGUCCCUCAGCAACUCCUGCUACUCCGGUACAGGUCACACAAAGUGGAAGCCAAGUUCAAGUGAAUAUCAAGCCGGAAACAUCUGGACGUACGCUGAUAAGCGUGUACCAUCGGUUUGGUGAGUCUCCAAAUGGUGAUGAAGCGUUCAACUGCGACACGAAAGAUUCUGUUCCUCCUGAACCAACCCCAACACAGCAGCAACAACAGCAGUAUCAAGACUCUCAGCAGCUGAUGUCGCCGCCACCUCAUCAUCAUCAGCAACAAAUCCCUCAACAGCAGAUUCCUCCGCAACAUAUUCAACAGCAACAAAUGUCAAUGCAUCAACAACCAAUUGCGGCGCCACCCCAGCAACAAAUUCAGCCGCAGGUGCCGCCACAGCCCCUCCACCAAAUGCCACAAGUCUCGGUUAAUGGCGUGGACAAUGUUUACCAGAACAAUGGUGUCCAACACGGACAUAAUACAAUGGAAACAGCAUCGCCAAUGCAACUACCACCAUCACAACCGCCGGUCACGGUAGAACUAAAGCCAACAGUUUUUAACCCCUACGCGGAACCUAUGCCAGAGCCGGAGACAAGAAAAUCUGUAGAAGAGCAGGAGAAGGAAACCGAUGAGAAAUCAGUCGAUACAACGAGUCUCGCUAUAGCCGAAGAUGAAGAAGCUAAGGCUGAUGUGGAGCCAGAGGAGGAUGUAUCAGAUGAGCCUACGCCUGGACCAAGCAGCAGCCGCGAUCCUUCACCUGAAGAGAGCGAAGUUACUGCCGAAGAACCGGAAACUGAACCACCUUCUGUGAAACCAUCGAAAAGAUCAAGGAACAAGGAUAGGGUUGCAACGUUGUCUAAAGAAGAGGUGUACGACGAUCGUGAUGCCACGCCUAGUGAAGUUGCUGAGUCGACAGAUGGCGUUUUCACGGAACCUUCGACUCCUGCCCCGGAAAGUCGAAAGCCGAAGAGGCUUCCUAUAGUUCGGCCCAUCGUCACCAGUACCUACGUCUACAACUCGAUCGACAAUGGUGUAAUCGCUGUUGAAAAUCUUCUUCUUCCUGAGAUAAAACAAGAAUAG